GGUUCAGGGAGUUACUUGCCCUCAGGAAGAACUCAAGGGCUCCUGGGUACUCCACCAAGGCAGCAACGCUCAGACAAUGGCCGCGACCACUUCCAGCGCUCGCACUCUCCUGUGAAUUCCCUCCAGCGAUCAUCCAAGAUUAACAAGACGCGGAGCUCACGUAAUUUAACCAGCUAACAUAAGAAUAACUAACGCCAAUGUUGACAAGGCUUGUGGAGUAACAGACUUCAAUUAACAGCAUAACUGUCAAGGAAUAUAAACAAAAAACAUCGCCAACUGCUGCUACAGUAACAAGUGACUAACGCCAAUCCUGUACACCGCAGCGCCCAGGAAUGGACUAAUUAUCUUCCCUCCAAGAUGUUAUCACAUCAAGGUGCCAUGGCAGAUUUAAUAAAUUUAUGGAGCUCUCGGAUCAGUGAUGAAAAGUGCUUCAAGGUGAGGUCGUCAUACAUGCACCUGUACCAGCAGGAGUCUGCUGACAGCGAUGACCCGCUGCAGAGGUGGUCGCGCACACCCACCAGGGCUGCUGGCCUUGGCUCAUCUUCGGCGGACACAGUUUACUCCAGAGCUGAUACCUUGAGGGGUUUCAGGACGGACACUACUGACACCUUGCGAGGUUUCAGGACUGACACUGCUGAUACCUUGAGAGGUUUCAGGACGGACACCGCUGAUACCUUGAGAGGUUUUAGGACGGACACUGCUGACACCUUGAGAGGUUUCAGGACAGACACUUUUGACACCUUGAGAGGUUUCAGGACAGACACUUCUGACACCUUGAGAGGCUUCAGGACAGACACUGCUGACACCUUGAGAGGUUAUAGGACAGACACUGCUGACAGCUUGAGAGGUUACAGGACGGACACUGCUGACACCUUAAGAGGUUUCAGGACUGACACUGCUGACACCUUUAGGGGUCUCAGAGCCAAUGCCACCGAUACCAUCAGGGGUCUGAGAACAGAUAAUGAUGACAUCUUGAAGGGUCACAGAGAUUCUUACACUUCAAGAAACGUAACAAUGUCUUCUAAGCUUGAUACUUCGGAAAAUUUCUCACCAAGAUCAAGACCUGAUACCUCGAGAAACACUUCACUUUCUUCGCGAACGGAUGCAUCAAAGUAUGCAACAUCAUUGUUAGACGAUUCUCCACGAAGUAUGGCAUCAUCGCUGAGGGGUGACACAUCGAAGUACGACGCAUCGAAGUACGACGCAUCGAAGUACGACGCAUCAAAGUACGUGACAUCGUUGCUAGGAGUCGGCUCACCAACAAGUGCAGCAACCUCAUCAAGAUCUGAUACGAGGAAAAUGGAAAUACUAUCAAGACUUGAAACUUCAAGGAACGUGGCAGCCAUACUGAAAGCUGACAGCUCAGCAGGCAAGCUGGCAUCAGCGUCAGCUCACGCUUCAAGGAAUACUGCAGAAGAGCCUAGUCUUAAUAAUUUAGAAAAGGAGACAAUGUCAGGAGAUAAUCCAUGUAAUGUGACAGGGGAUACUCCAGGAAAUAUGGCACCAAUGUUGGGGAAUACUCCCCAAAAUGUGGAACUGGUGUCAAGGGAUAAUCUAGGUAAUGCAGCAACAGUGUCAAGGGAUAAUCUAGGAAAUGUUCCACCAAUAUCGAGGGAUAUUCCAGAAAAUGUUGAACCGAUGUCAGGGGAUACUUCAGGAAAUGUGGCACGAAUGUCAGGAGAUACUGCAGGAAAUCCUGCACUUAUGUCAGAGGAUGUUGCAGGAAAUGCAGAAAUGCUCGCUGUUGAUGUUUCAGGAGUAAGUAUGUCAGGAAAUACAGCAUCACAGCUAAGGGAUAACACUACAGAUAUGGCAACAUUGUUGAAUGCUGAUACCACACGCGAUGAAACUACAUCUCAGAAAGCUGACAUUACACCAUUGAAUGCUGACCCUACACAGGGUGUCUUAUCACCGCUGAUAGCUGACGUUACAAGAGACGGGGCAUCACCGUUAAAGUCUGAGAUUACAUGUGAGGUAAUAACAUUGAAAGCUGACACUUCAGAUAUUGAAACGAUACAGAGUGCUGAUGGUACACAACCUGCGGCAACACCACUGGCGCCAGCUGAUGUAAUGAACGAUGAGGCAACACUGUUAAAGGCUGAUACUACACAACAUGAGGCAGUUCCUUUGAAGGCUGACACUACACGAAAUGUGGCAAUGCCGCUGAAUGCUGACGUUACACGAGACAUGGCAGACUCACUAAAAGUCGAUUUUACACAAGUGGCAACAUCGAGAGCUGAUGAUACACAAGACGUGGCAUCAUCACUGAGGACUGAUACUACACAAAACUUGGCAACACCGCUGAGGACUGAUACUACACAAAACUUGGCAACACCGCUGAGGACUGAUACUACACAAAACUUGGCAACACUGCUGAGUGCUGAUGAGACACAAGACGUGGCAUCACCGCUGAGGACUGAUACACAAAGCUUGGCGACACCGCUGAGGACUGAUACUACACAAAACUUGGCAACACAGUUGAGUGCCGAUGAAACACAAGACGUGGCAUCACCGCUGAGGACUGAUACACAAAACCUGGCAACACCGCUGAGGACUGAUAAUACACAAAACUUGGCAACACUGCUGAGUGCUGAUGAGACACAAGACAUGGCAUCACCGCUGAGGACUGAUACUACACAAAACCUGGCACCACCGCUGAGGACUGAUACUACACAAAACUUGGCAGAAGAACCGAGAGUUGAUGUUGCAAGAGACGUGACAACACCGCUGAGAUCUAACGUUACACAGGAUGUUACAAGAGACAUGGCACCGCUGAGGUCCGAUUUUAUACGAGACGUGUCAACACCGCUUAGGUCUGACAUUGCUAGAGAUGUGUCAACACUGCUGAGGUCUGAAAUUACCAGAGACGUGUCAACACCGCUGAGAGCUGACAUUACCAGAGACGUGGCAACACCGACAAGCAAUGAUGGUGAGAGGGGAGCUUCACUACUGAGGACACUGGCUGACGUGGCUGACGUGAGGGAGCUGACUCCUCUCUAUGAGCGGAUGAGGCGACGAAAGGACCAACUGCAGAAAGCCAGCCUGCAUGCUGCAGCUGCUGAAGGUGACGUGGAGACCCUAAAGAAACUACUGGGGGAGGAAGACUUGGAUGUGGACACGCCUGAUCACUGUGACCAAACUGCUCUUCACCUAGCUGCUGGCAGGGGUAACCUUCUUGCCGUCACUCUCUUGAUACAACAUGGUUGCCAUGUAAACCACGCGGACAUUGACAUGAGGACCCCGCUGCACUGUGCUGUUGAGUCUGGGGCUGUGGAGGUGGUGGAGGCGCUGCUGGCAGCUGGGGCAGACACCAACGCCACAGAGAAGAAGCGAGGCCGCACUCCCCUACACCUCGCCACUCUUGCUAACGCCCUAGAUAUUCUCAAGUUGCUGUUGCAGCCGAUCACAGACGAUCCAUUGGAGGGACGCCAAGCUCUCAGGAUGACUGACAAGGAUGGACGGACGAUGCUGCACUUAUCUGCUCACGUCGGUCUGAAGGAAGCAACUGAAAUAUUAGUGAGCGCAGGCGCCGAUGUAAACGUUACUGAUCAGUCUGGCAACACGCCCAUCCACGCUGCCAUACUUGCCAGACAACGCGGGGAGAAGAAGGUUUGCUCGACGCUUGUAGAGCUGCUGUUGGGGGCUGGGGGAGAUCUGAAUUCCAACCAAGAGGGGGAGGCGGGCCCUCUUAUCCACACCGCUGCCAGUGUAGGUUGCCUACACUGCCUUAGUGUGUUGCUUCGUCUGGGAGCCAACAUUGAGGCUAAGGAUAGCAAGGGUCGUACUCCACUCCAUGCAGCUAUCGAAAGUGAGCAACUGGAAGCCGUGAAUUACCUACUGAGUGAAGGUGCUGACUUAGAAGCUGCCGACACAUUCCGUCAGCACCGCGCCAUCCACCAUGCAGUGCAAGUCGAUUCUGCAGAGUUAGUUCAGCGCCUCAUUGAGGCUGGAGUAGACAAGGUCAGGGAUCGAGACGGGUUAACAUUGUUCCAGUUUGCCUUGUUGAAGAGGAAAUAUAAGGCCCUGGAUGCCCUUGUCAAGUUGCAGGUGACUGAAGUUAACGACGGCCAGAACACCAUCCACUAUUGUGCUUGCGUUGGAAGUCAGCCCGCCAUGGAGAUCCUCCUUGAUAACGACUUCAACAUCAAUGAAUCCGACAGCGAGGGUCGCACAGCGCUGCACCAUGCUAUAUACUCCGGGCACGAGCCGUUGGUGCUGUUCCUUAUCAACAGCGGUUGCAGCAUCAGGAAGGCAGACAAGACUGGAGCCACACCCCUGCACUACGCCGUUAGAUGGGGCGGCUCUGACGCCGUGCUCAGGAAACUCGUUAAGAAGGAAGGGAACGUGGCAGCCAUUGACAGACUGGGCAGGACUCCUCUGCACUACGCUGCAAGUAAGAGUGAUAUCAUGUCUGACAUGUACAUCCUGUUGAACAACGGCGCCAAGAUCAACACUACUGAUCACCGGGGUCUCACUCCUCUUCAUCUUGCCUCGCGUCUCGGCAACGAAUCACUGGUUCGGAUCCUCUUGGACAGCAACGCCAGACACGAUAUACGUGACUGCGACGACUUCCUACCCAUCGACCACGCCAAGGAGAACGGGCACAAGUGCAUCAUAAAGCGCCUCGAGGGCUACGCUAUCAGGAAGGAGAGGGAGAAGGACCCGAGGUUUGGACUCUAUACGAAAAAGAGGGAGGAGGGAGAGGAUGGUAGUGGUAACGAUGGGGAGUUCAUGAUUCAGAGCAGAUACAGGUUGAGUAUGUAGCGAUAGGUAGGUAGUUUGAGAGUACUUGAAAAUGUCUACGGUUGUCUGAAGUUGUCAUGAAUAGGAAUCGUCUGAAGAUGACAGAAACUAUCUGGAAUUGUCUGAAGGUGACAGUUUUCUUGAGAUAUGUCCGGAGACGAAAGAAACUAGAGAUGACAGACUAUAUAGAGCUGUGACAAACUGUCUGAAGGUGAGAGAAGCCGUCUGGAGCUGUUUACAGGAUGACACAAUUAUUAUAUUUGUGUAAAGUGUUAAACCCGUGUUGGUCAUUCAUCUCGAGAUGGCACAAGCUGCCUGUGAUCAUCCAGACAUGAAGUGCUGGAACAGCGGAGAGGGCGCUUUAAAAGGUUUUACUGCACUGGUACGAAGAGAGAGACCUUCAAGUGGUGAUUACAAGGGUGUGAAUGUGUGCUAUAAGUUUUAAUGAAAUAGAUUCAUUCCCGUCUAAGGGAUCUAAUUAUAUAAUUUUGAUAAAUUUUUAUGAUAUGCACGUUGUUAUCACAAUUUUUACUGAUACACAAUUUGGUAAACGCAAAUGCUAUAGUUCUGAUUAUUUACAAGUAGUGUCCUUGCAGAUUUUUUACUUCUCGUGAUGCUAACACCAAAGUUUACUACUGUUGUGUUAUUUGCUUUAUGCGGUUAUUGCAUAAGUUAAAUUCAUGAAGAGGUAAAUUUGUUAAGAAUAAAUGAAAAAACUACUGUAAAGUAUAGAUGGAUAUACCAUAUGUGUAUGUCCUGAGUCUUCCUGUUCUUUUAAGAAUGUUUGAAUAAUGUACACUCGAGGUGUAUGUCACCGUUUUUCUUAGCUGGUUUUAGCAAACCUCACCACCUCCAGGAAGCACCAACCGUGUUCACUGGACCACCACGCACGCCUUGAAACAUUUGGUCACUAUAUACGGGUUUAGCGCUUUCCCUGAAUAUAUAAUACUGCAUAAUAUAUUUCAUGUGAUUCAACCCUUGGCUGCUGUACCUUAAUUCAUUAAAGACUGUUAAUUUAUAAAGGUGUACGUCUUUAAGUUCAGUUUACUUAUAUAUUUGGCUCUUUAAUGACUGUACGACAAAUGUAUGGUCACCGUUUCCGUUUGUAACGAAACUCUUAACUGGAAAUAAAAGGAAAAAUAAA